AAAACAUCUUAGACCUCAUAUCCGGCAACGGCUCCAGCUUUGGCUGCGAAGCUACCAACCAGUUGCGCACAUUUGCGAGAGAGAAACAAGGAGACAAAAGGUGACAGCAACUCAUCCCCAUGGCAUCGGCAGGUCUGCAGUGCUUUGCUUUUAUUCUAGCUUUGCUUGGCAUUUUUGGAGACAUCACGGCCACUCUCCUACCUAACUGGAAGAUAAACGCGGAUGUUGGUUCCAAUAUCAUAACGGCCAUAACGCAGAUGCAAGGGCUGUGGAUGGACUGCACGUGGUACAGCACUGGGAUGUUCAGCUGUACCCUGAAAUACUCUGUGCUCUCUCUCCCUGUCUACAUCCAAGCUGCACGGACCACCAUGGUACUGUCUUGUAUCCUAGCAGCUUUCGGGAUUUGCAUCACGACAGUUGGGAUGAAAUGCACCAAGUUCGGAGGGGACACCGACAGCAAAGGCCACACUUGUUUCGCGGGAGGCGUUUGCUUCAUUCUUUCAGGAAUCUUUGGAUUAGUACCAACAUCUUGGUACACAAGAGAAAUAAUCUCCAAUUUUCUGGACACAACAAUUCCGGAGAGCAGCAAACACGAACCAGGAGGAGCUGUCUAUAUAGGAUUCAUUUCAGCAGGGUUUCUGCUUACCGCAGGUGUGAUCUUCUGCACUUCCUGUUUUAAAAAGCAGCAAGGACCAUGGAUUUACCCUGCAAAACAGCAGCACUUCCCAUCCACACAGCAAGAGAGCAAUGCAGGUUACAACCUGAAGGACUAUGUGUAA